AUGCGUUUUGAGAAUAACCUUUCAUCUUAUUCUGUUGAGGACUUCACUCGGGCCUUUGGCCUUUUAAAAGGGGGGGCCCCCGGGGCCCCCGCCCCCUCGCGGGCCCUGGGCGGGCACCCUGGACGGAUCCCGCUUCCCGUGUUCGCGAGGCGGCCCCAAAACCAACCGGUGCUGGCGCUUUACAGCUGCCUGGCCCCCCCGCCCAAAUACAAGAUCCUGGCCCGGGCCGGGGCGGGGGCCCCACCACCUCCGAAGGGGGCUGCAGAUGGCGGGGGACUACCCACCUGGAGCCCGCCGCCCCCCCGGGGGGGCUGCCUCAGCGGCCCCCCGGACGGGUCGCACUGGCAGGCCUGGUGCGUGUCCGUAAAGCGCCUCAACCAGCAGACGCCCAACGUGCAUGGGCCACUUCCCGUGGCAGACGUCCCUGAUGGGCCCGGAGGAGGAGGGCGGGGAGCCUCUGGUGGGGGCCAAAUGCCUUUUUAG